AUGCCUCCUCCACAUACUAGAGUUGAAUUAGCUGCUACUGUAUUUGAUUGUUUGAAAGAAUGGGGAAUAGAUAGAAAAGUUUUCUCUCUCACUUUAGGUAAUGUUUCUGCUAAUGAUAACAUGCAAGGUAUCUUGAAAGGCCAUCUUCAUUUGCAAAGUAGCUUGAUUUCUGAUGGUGAAUUUUUUCAUGUACGUUGUUGUGCUCAUAUAUUGAAUUUGAUUGUUCAAGAGGGCUUGAAAGCAGUCAAUGAAGCAUUGUUUAAAAUUAAGGAGAGUGUGAAAUAUGUAAAGGCAUCGGAUGGGAGGAUGAAAAAAUUUCAAGAAUGUGUUCAACAUGUUGGUAUUGAUGCAGGUAUUGGGUUGCAUUUGAAUGUGUCAACUAGAUGGAAUUCAACAUAUUUGAUGCUUGAAAGUGCAAUCAAAUAUCAAAAGGCUUUUGCUAGCCUUCAAUUUGUUGAUAGAACUUAUAAAUAUAAUCCAUCUGAUGAGGAAUGGCGGAGAGCAAUGAUAAUUUGUGAAUUCUUGGAGCCCUUUUAUGAGACCACAAAUUUGAUAUCUGGUUCAUCUUAUCCAACUUCCAAUUUGUAUUUCAUGCAAGUUUGGAAAAUUGAAUCGAUUUUAAAUGAGAAUUUGCAUAAUGAAGAUGAGGUUAUCAAGAAUAUGUGUCAAAGGAUGAAAAUGAAAUUUGAUAAGUAUUGGAAAGAUUAUAGUGUAGUGCUUGCAUUUGGAGUUGUUCUUGACCCAAGGAUGAAGCUUGAUUUCUUAAGAUUUUGCUAUUCUAAGAUUGAUACUUCUACUUGUGAUGAAAAGUUAGAAAAUGUGAAGACAAAGUUGUACGAGCUCUUUGAACAAUAUGCAAGAAGCACUUGUGCAUCAAGUACAUCUUCUCGUUCAACGAGUAAUUUGCCUAAGCAAGUUGGAGGGGGAACUAAACUAAAGGGAUCAAAGAUUUUUAGUGAGUUCAAGAUGUUUCAAAAUGAAACAAUUUUUAUUGCUGGAAAGUUUGAGUUGGAUGUUUAUUUAGAUGAGGCAAAGCUUGAUUAUGAGGUGUUUGAAGAUUUGAAUGUGCUUAAUUAUUGGAAGGAUAAUGCUAAGCACUUUCCUGAUCUUUCUAUUAUGGCACGAGAUGUAUUGAGCAUUUCGAUUACUACAAUAGCAUCAGAGUCUGCUUUUAGUAUUGGUGGUUAUGUUCUCACCAAGUUUAGAAGUUCCCUCCACCAUGAAAAUGUUCAAAAGCUUGUUUAG